AUGCGGGGCCACAAGCCAGGGAAUGCAGGCAGCCUCUGGAAGCUGGAGAUGGCCCGAAUGGAUUCUCUUCUGGCGGCCCCUGGGUGUAGCCCAGAGAUCCACCUGGGAUGUCUCCAGAUACCUGAGCUGCCCACACCAGGUGCUCAGCCAAUCCCAGGAAUGCACGAACUCCGCUCUUUCCUUCCCCACCGGAAGGCUCCGGAGCGCCGCGUGCGCCCCUCGGGCGUGGGGGCCCCGGGCUCCGCUGGGGCGCGGUCGGUGGCCGUUCAAGUACACCAGAGGUGCUCAAUAAAUGCGUCCGAGUUCAUAGUGAACGGCUCCCUGAGGCCCGCGGGUGGGGUGCGCCAUCGGCGCCUCGGGGCGCUGGGAAGGGGCGAGCGGCGGACGCCCCUGCACCCCGCCGGGCUCCACCCGGGGUUCGGGCUGGAGAGGCCGCCGCCCGCCGGCGGGACGCCCCGCCCCGGUCAGCCGGGCGCGGACGCCCCUCGCUCGGCGUUUCCGCGGACCCCCCGGGAGGGGCCGGGGCCACGUGCGGCUCCCCGAGCCCCGGCGUGCGGCGCGGGGUCCGGCCAGGCCGCCGCGCGCGAAGUUCCCACCUCAAGUUCCCGUCGCCGCGUCCCCGGCGCCCGGAGCCGGCCGGGCGGCAGCUUCGUCCCCGCGGGAUCCGCGGGUCCCGGACGAGGGCGCGAUGGGGGCCCGGAAGCCGCCGGGGGCGCCCGCUCGGCCUCCCCGGGCGGCCGCCCGACCUGGGCCCCGGGGGCCGGCUCAGCUCCCGCACUCGGACCCGGGGCCGUCCCGCCUCCGCCUCGGGUCCCCACAGGGCUGCGAGUGCGCCGGGAGCGCGGCGCGCCGGCCUGCGAGGGAGGGGGCGGGACGGAAGGCGGGAGGAGGGCGGGAGGGGGCGGGGCGGAAGGCGGGAGGAGGGCGGGAGGGGGCGGGACGGCGGGCGGGGACUGCGCUCGGGGCGGAGAGGGCGGGCGGGCGCGGCGCGGGUCCUCCCCGCUGCGCGCACCGGGCCGCGGCGGCGUCCCCGGCUCCGGGCACCGGCGCGCCCCGACCCCGACCCCGACCCCGACCCCGGACGGCCCGCGCCGGCUCCCCUUCCUCCGCCGUCCCGGUCCCCGCCCGUCCCGCCGCCCCCAGCCCCGGGCCCGCGCCGUCCCGCGCGCGGUGGUCGUGCGCGCCCCCCGCCACCGGCCCGGGCCCACGCGCGCCUCGUCCCCAGCGCCGCGGCCCGGCGCCUCGGGCGUGCGGGACGGCCCUGCAGGUGUCCUGUCAACUCCUCAGGGGCGGCACGUGUGCGGAUCCACGCGGCCCGGGCGGGACCCGGGUGGACACUGGAACGGGGUCCAGGCUGCCAUCUCCCGGCCUGUCCCGGGGACACAGGCGUGGUGCCCCGCUUCUGUGCUCGAGCACAUGCAGCGGGUGCGGCUGGCCCUGGGUCACUGA